UCUCCCGGGACUCUUUGGAGCAGAAGGGCCAGCUUGUUUCCUUUCUUUCUUUCUUUCCUUCCUUUCCUUUCCUUCCCAGGAGGAGAGUCACGUUGUGCUGAGUGGAGGAACCUGUGGCUUUCGGAGAAGGGACUGUGUGCUGUGGAAAGGAUGGAUGGGAGCCACCUGUCCACUGAGGUCCUGCUGGAGGAACGGGGCCAGGAGGCCACUCCAGAUGAUGGCCAGAAGAAGGGUCCUUCUCGGGGGCAACAUGGGAUAUCCUUGAGAUUCUCUCGGCGGAGAGCAAAGGAAGGAGGAGGAGGAGGAGACGUGAAUAGGCAAUCGAGGAGGGACAGGACCCUCCCAAAUCAGGACAAAAGCACCUCUCCAAUCCCAAAUCAGAAGAGCAUUUGUACUGUGAAGACACCGGAGCGUGGACAGAGCAUAACUGAGAGUGGAGAUCUGCAUUCACAUCCACGAAGCCACUCUGGAGAGAAACCCUAUAAAUGCCCGGAGUGUGGGAAGAGCUUCACUCAGAGGGCACAUCUGCAGGGACACCACAGAAUCCACACUGGGGAGAAACCAUAUAAAUGCCUGGAGUGUGGGAAGAGCUUUGCUCAAAACUCAGAUCGACAUAUACAUCAGAGAAUUCACACUGGGAAGAAACCCUAUAAAUGCCUGGAGUGUGGGAAAAGCUUCACUCAGGGGGCACAGCUGCAGAGACACCACAGAAUCCACACUGGGGAGAAACCAUAUAAAUGCUUGGAGUGUGGAAAGAGUUUCGCUUGGAAUUCAGGUCUACGUUCACAUCAAAGGACUCACACUGGGGAGAAACCCAAUAACUGCCUGGAGUGUGGAAAUAGCUUCACUCGGAAUUCACAUCUACGUAGACAUCAAAGGACUCACACUGGGGAGAAACCCUUUAAAUGCCUGGAGUGUGGGAAGAGCUUCACUCACAGUUUAAGUCAACGUUUACAUCAAAGGACACACACGGGGGAGAAACCCUAUAAAUGUAUGGAGUGUGGGAGAGCCUUUGCUUAUGACUCGGGUCUGAGAGAGCACAUGAAGAUCCACACUGGGGAAAAACCCUUUACAUGUCCACAGUGUGGAAACAACUUCCGUAGUAGUAGUACCCUCAAAUCACACCAGAAGGUUCACACCGGAGAGAAAUUGUAUGCAUGUUCUGAAUGUGGAAGACGCUUUGCUCAUAGGAAUACCCUAGUUAUACACCAGAGGGUUCACACGGGGAGAAAGCCGUACGAAUGCUCUGAUUGUGGGAAGACCUUCCAUCAGAGUCCGCACCUCAUUGUGCACCGGAGAGUUCAUACGGGGGAGAAGCCCUUCCGGUGUGCUGAAUGCGGAAAAACCUUUACUCAGAGAAGCCAUCUUACUGUCCACCGGAGAAUCCACACAGGAGAGAAACCUUAUGCCUGCACGGUGUGUGGGAAGGCUUUUACAACGGGGGAGUCCCUUAAUGGACAUCAAAGAAUCCACACAGGAGAGAAGCCCUACAAGUGUUUGGAGUGUGGGAAAAGCUUCAAUCAGAAUUCAGCCCUUCAUUCGCAUGAGAAAACCCACACUGGAGAGAAGCCAUACCCCUGCUUCGAGUGUGGAAAGAGCUUUAGAAGUGGGGGACAACUCACUUCUCACCAGAGAAUCCAUUCUGGAGAGAAGCCCUACAAGUGUUUUGAGUGUGGGAAAAGCUUCAGUCAUAGCUCAGCCCUUCGUUCGCAUGAGAAAACCCACACUGGGGAGAAGCCAUAUCCCUGCUUUGAGUGUGGAAAGAGCUUUAGAAGUGGGGGGCAUCUCACUGUUCACCAGAGGAGCCAUUCUGGGGAGAAGCCAUAUCAAUGCUCUGAGUGUGGAAAGAGAUUCAAACGCAGCUCACACCUUGCUGCGCAUAAAAAGGUUCACACUGGGGAGAAACCCUAUAAAUGCCUGGAGUGUGGGAAGAGCUUCACUCAGAGAACAGAUCUUCAGAGACAUCACAGAAUCCACACUGGGGAGAAACCCUAUAAAUGCCAGGACUGUUCUAAGAGCUUCACUGAGAGUGGAAGUCUACGUUCACAUCAAAGGACACACACAGGGGAGAAACCCUAUAAAUGCCAGGAGUGUGGGAAGAGUUUCACUCAGAGGGCACAUUUACAUUCACACCACAGAGUCCACACUGGGGAGAAACCCUAUCAAUGUGUAGAGUGUGGAAAGAGCUUCAGUCAGAGGGAUAGUCUAUUUUCACAUCACCGAAUUCACACUGGGGAGAAACCCUUUGAAUGUUUGGAGUGUGGGAAAUGUUUCGCUCAUAGGACAAAUCUACACUCACAUCAAACUACUCACACUGGGGAGAAACCCUAUAAAUGCCAGGAGUGUGGGAAAAACUUCACUGAUAGUGGAAAUCUACGUUCACAUCAAAGGACACACACAGGGGAGAAACCGUAUACAUGCCUGGAGUGUGGAAAGAGCUUUAGUAAAAGCACAAAUCUACAGAGACAUCACAGAAGAAUUCACACUGGGGAGAAACCCUAUGAAUGCCAGGCAUGUGGGAAGAGCUUCACUGACAGUGGUAGUCUACGUUUGCAUCAAAGGACACACACAGGGGAGAAACCCUAUAAAUGCCAGGAGUGUGGGAAGAGCUUCACUGAGAGUGGAAGUCUAUGUUCACAUCAAAGAACACACACAGGGGAGAAACCCUAUAAGUGUGUGGAGUGUGAGAAGAGCUUCAGUGAUCGAGGACAUCUACAUUCACAUCACAAAAUUCACACGGGGGAGAAACCCUAUAAAUGCAUGGAGUGUGGGAAGAGCUUUAGUAAGAGCACACAUCUACAUACACAUCACAGAAUUCACACUGGGGAGAAACCCUAUAAAUGUCAAGAGUGUGGAAAAAGUUUCACUUACAGUGGAAGUCUACGUUCACAUGAAAGGAUACACACAGGGGAGAAACCCUAUAAAUGUUUGGAGUGUGGGAAGAGCUUCACUGAGCGUGGACAUCUACGUUCACAUCACAGAAUUCACACUGGGGAGAAACCCUAUAAAUGCCUGGAGUGUGAGAGGAGCUUUGCUAAGAGUGAAAGUUUACGUUCACAUCAAAGGACACACACAGGGGAGAAACCCUAUGAAUGUCUGGAGUGUGGGAUGAGCUUCACUGAGAAAAGGAUUCUACAUUCACAUCAAAGGAUACACACAUGGGGAGAAACCCUAUAUAUUCCUGGGGUGUGGGGAAAGCUUCACUUAGAGUGGAAGUCUAUGUUCACAUCAAUGGAGACAAACAGGGAAGAAACUCUAGAAAUGCCUAGAGUGUGGGAAAACUUCACUGAGAAUGGAGGUCUAGGUUCACAUCAACAGACACACAUGGGAGAAACCCUAUAAAUGCCUGGAGGGUAGGAAGAACUUCACUGACAAUGGAUAUCUAUGUUCACAUCAAAAAAAACUCACACAGGAGAAAAACCUAUAAAUGCCCAGAGUGUGGGAAAAGCUUUACACAUGGAACCAGUCUGACUGACCAUCUGAAGAUCCACACUGGGGAUAAACACAUGUCUGCAGUGCAGGAACACCUUCUGUACAAGUUCUACCCUCAAAGUACAUCAGAAGAUUCACAUGGGAGAGAACUACGCAUGUCUUGAAUGUAAAAGGGAGGGUUCACAUGGAUGAAAAGCUGUAAUAGUGCUAGUAAUGUCAAAGACACGAGUUCUGCCAAAUCAACGGAUGGAAGCUGUCAACAGGAUUUUCUUAGUUCAGUCAGAGAAAGCCUUAUAGACAACUGGAAGCAAAGGCUGUAAUAUGGCAAAUUGGUUAUUUGAUUUUCUAUCAGUGGACUUUAUUGAGGAAGAGAUUUGGUAACAAGAUUUGGUAACAGGGUGAAAGGGAGAAACAGGACGAAUGCAUGCCCAGAGAAUGGGAGAUCAAGAAUGAUGGUAACAGCUGAUAGAGAUCUGCUAAUCUGUUGAGAUGGACAAAUUAACUAGGCUGACAAAGGAGAAAUAUUUGUCCGACUACAAGCAAUUGAGACUUUUUAAAUUUACUAGUUGGGAUAAUAAGGGGGGCAUUUGAUUAUUGUAGGUUUUAGGAUUUAGUCAAAAUAUAAAAAUAGAAGGGUAGUUUUAUAGUAUUAUCUAAAGGGAAUAGAUUUAAGAGAGAUAGAAACCAGUUUAUAGUCCUGGUUUAUUCUCCUUUUUGUGUAGUCAUCUGUCCUUGUUUGUCUCAUUUUUGUAUUUACGUUUAUUAUCUGCUAUAGGCCUUUAGUAGUAGGAUCAUAAUAUUUGGAGUUGUGUUACCAAAAGAGGCCUUUGCCUGGUAACUGGUUCUUUUUAAAUUAUCCCAAGCAAACCAUUGUCUCAACUUUAGGAACACUAAAAUAGGAGCUCAGAAGGGACUAGAUCUGUGUUUUCAUCACUCUUAGGUAAAAUUUAUUUAGUAAUCAUACAUAACAUUUCAAGACGCCUCAUUCACACAAACCAUUCAUUUGAUGCUCACAUACACAGUCCCUCUUCUAAAGUUGACCAGGCCAUAGAAAGAUGUGAUGGGUGAGCAGAUGCACGUGUGUUCUUGCACAUCUUUCAAAAGUCUCUUCAUUUAUACAUCCAAGUUGUGCCUCUUUCCAUGUAGUUUCUCCGGUGUUCAUUCACAAUGUUCAGGCACUCAAGGUUAAACUGGUUUUAGUGGUACAGGACCAGCUGAGAAUGAUGAUGAGGGGUUUGAAGGUGCAGGGCCUGAUGCUUCUGGAGGUGCUCAGACAGAUGGGAUGUUGGAACAGGAUGGUGAUUCCCGAGUUGGGAGAACGGAGGAGUAUUGGGUUGAUUCUCUGUGUGAAAAUGAAACUGUUUGAGAAGCUGACGGGCAGAGAAGGGAGGAAGGGGGAAGAAUUUCAAGUGUAAGCCAAGCCAUGGGAAAGGGCGGCCGAGGGAGAUUCCUCAAGGCCAAGGAAAUGCUUUCAUGCAUUGCUGUCCUUAAUUAGGGAAAGAAUAGCUCUCUGGUCUCAGAUCAAGUGACAUAGCAAAUAGAGCAAGAAGCUCCUGCCUUGUUCCUGGUCCUAUCUUGGCCAAGCCAAAAUCUUAGUCAAGUUUUGCUACCAGUCUUGGGGAUUUUACCAUUGACUCAAGCUCAUGUUUUGUUCUUUGUUUCUUGGACUACUCAAGCUCAUGUUUUAUUCCUUGUCUCUUGGAUUAAUCAAGCUCAUGUUUGUUCCAUGCACCUUGGAUUAAUGUUCACGUUUUAACCUUUGCAUUGGAGAUUUGUCUCUGGUUUUUGGGACUCCUCCUGUCUUUACAUAUUUGGAUUUUUUUACUCUUUUAUUGUGUGUGUUUUAUCAAUAAACUGUUUAUUACUA